GUGUCCUCUCUCCCCUCCCUGCACCUGAUUCAGUCCCCCAGGGGGCUGAGAUUUCCAGGUUAGAGUAUGCUAGUUGAGGUUUCUGGUUUAGAGUAUGCUGGUUGAGGUUCCUGGUUGAGAGUAGGCUGUGUGUGUGUGUCUGGCUCUGUUUCAGACUGGAGUUGAUUGCAGCAUAAGCCAGAAUGGAGUUUUCAUGGAAGUUAAUGACGGUCUUGAUGAGUAUCUCCCUGGGGUUGCAGUACGCUGCCAUCCGUUCUCUCAGUGACAUGUUCCCCAGGCACUGUCCCAAGUCCAGGAUCUGCAAGGAAAGACUGCUCAAAGAUCAAAUUCAGAAGUCCUUCUGCAAGAACAAUUCCACACUCACAAAGGGCAAGACUGCCACUUCCCAGAAGCACAUCCUUCUCUUCUCACAAACGCGGAGUGGCUCUUCCUUCACUGGUCAGCUGUUUAACCAGCACCCAAAGAUCUUCUACAUGUUUGAGCCACUUUACCAUGUCCAGCAGAUCUUCAUUGAUGUCAGCACUCUGCACCAAGAAGCCUGGGGUAGAGCUCUGCUGGGAGCCUACCGAGAUCUCCUCCUCAACCUCUACACCUGCAACCUCAACUUCAUGGAGGACUACAUCCAACCUAAGCCGCAGAAUCACACGACCACCUCGUUCUUCCGCAGGAGCUCCAGUCAUGCUCUUUGCUCACCUCCCGUCUGCCUGGGGGCCAGCAAGAAGAAUCGGGAAAGGAAACCGGAAGAGGUCUGGUGUAACCAAAAGUGCCAACCCUUGAACCUCACCUUGGCCUCCCUGGCCUGCCAGUCCCGCAGCCACGUGGCCAUUAAGACAGUCCGGAUCCCCUUGAUCAAAGACCUCCGCACCCUGAUAGAGGAUCCACGUUUAGACCUGAAGAUUGUCCAUCUGGUCAGAGACCCCAGAGCCAUCCUGGCCUCACGCAUGGCUACCUUCACUAACCAGUAUCGCGCCUGGAAGAUCUGGAACGCCACCAACAAGCAGCCGCAUUACAUGGAUUUGUCGGUGAUCGACAGAAUGUGCAAGGACAUGGAGUACUCCGUGCUGACUGGCCUACAGAGCCCAGGGUGGCUGAGUGGCCGUUAUCUACUGGUGCGCUAUGAAGAUCUGGCACUUAAUCCUGAAGUCAAAGCCAGAGAGAUCUACAGAUUCCUGGGCUUGGAUUUAGACACAAAAGUUCUCACAUGGAUUGCUCAGAACACCAACUCCACUAAAAAGUCGAAUAACAAGUUCUCCACGAGCAGAGACUCAAAAGCCACUCUGCAGAGCUGGAGACUGCGACUGGGCUUUGACAUUGUUAAGACUAUGCAGAAUCUUUGUGGAACGUCCUUUGCCUUGAUGGGCUACAGAAAUGUGGAAUCCGUGACAGAGCUAAGGAACCUGACACUCCGUUUAGUGGAACCUAGAAUAUUUUAGAAAUGUUUGUGUUCUUGUCUUGCAAUUGUGUUUUGCAUACAGUGCACAGGACAGGGUGGGUAAAUUCUUACUGUUAAGUGAAAAACCAUCUUUACUGAUAACCCUAUAAUAAAGGGGCACCAGACUGAUGGACAGCACAAUCUCAGAACGAUUUGUCAACUAAUAUUUGAAGGAAAGUUGAUUACUGAACUUAAGCAAAUUGUUUUUGUUUUUUUCAGUAUUCUAGGACACCACUGCAAGGGAGGAACAUACACAAAUAACAGUAAAUAACAGUAAAUGAAAUA